AUGAGUCGUAAAGAAGGGCCGGGAAGGAUGAGCGAGGGUUCCGGAGCCACCGGGACGGGCGCGGUGAUCUUGGAGGAACCGGAACCGUCGGGGACCUCGGGCGCCUCCGGGGCCCGUGGCGAGGGGCCGGCCCGACACCGGGGUCCAUUGGGGUGCGCCCUGUGGCCCCGCCAGCAAACGUGGCUCUGCGCAGUUCCGCUUCUCAUCGGGUUCAUCGGGCUGGGUUUGAGUCUGAUGCUUCUCAAGUGGAUCGUGGUCGGGACCGUACGGGAUUACGUACCCACAGACCUGGUGGAUGCCAACCGGAUAGGACAGGACCCAAUUUUCCUCUCAAAACCCAGCGGGAUUCCCAAAGGACCCGAAACCACCACUGCCGCCAGCACUCCCACUGCCGAGCGAGCGCCCAAAACCGUCACGGUCGGGAAGGGUAGAACUCGAUCUGGCGAUACCACCACCACUACCGCUAGCCCCAGGGCAGGCGGGGCCUCCGGUAGCCUGGCGACCCCUCGCAAUCACGGACAUCGGAACGGACGCGUUCCGCCGGGUUAUACUCCGCCGCCUCGGACCACCCAAAGGAAAGGGGAGGCCACGUCCAGUCCGUCUCCGUCGAAUCCGACCGUGCUCAACGACUCCACGCAGAUGUGGACUUCGGAACGUACCACCACUGGGGCCGUCACCACCACCGCCGCCACACACAGACACGGACGACACAAAACACUGUCCCCGACAGUGCCGCCUGUGCGCUCGGAGCAUUUCAAGCCGUGUCACGACAAGGACUUGGCCUACUGCCUGAACGGCGGAGAAUGCUUCGUCAUCGAGACCCUCAGCGGACCUCACAAGCACUGCAAGUGUCGAGAAGGCUACCAGGGCAUCCGCUGCGACCAGUUCCUCCCCAAGACCGACUCCAUCCUGUCCGAUCCAAUGGACCACCUGGGCAUCGAGUUCAUGGAGAAAAAGGAGGUGUACCAAAGGCAGCUGCUGUCAAUCACGUCCAUCGCCAUGGCCAUCGGCCUCCUGGGAGUGCUUUGUGUCGCCCUCUACUGCCGAAACAAGCGUCGACGGGAGAAGCUUCAAGCUCACUUGAAAGAAAGUCGAAGCGGGGAAAACUACGCGACAAAUGUCACCAACGUCCUGUACGGCAAGAGAAACUGCAAAGCCGACAUCAGAAUGCAGCAGCAGUAUUGUAAACAUCCUCCUGCGUGUGACUCAAGCUUCAUGCCAAUCAGAAGCAGCCUGAAGCUCACCGUAGAGCAGAGGAGUCUCGCGGCCCGUUGGUCGAGCGGCCGCAAGACCCCGCCCAUCUCGAGAGGAUGCGCCAAGGCUUUCGGUCUGGCCUAUCAGCACCUCCGAGAGGCGGAGCUUACUGAAAGGGAGGCGGAACCUCCACACGGUUACGUCCAUCAAGAAGCUCCUCGCCGGAUGGAGCCCGGACGCCAAGUCCUGGCAAAUAUGCAAUGCGGCGGCGGCGAUUCACGCCGCCCGGCCUCCGUCCUCAUCAUCCCAUCCGUGCGGGGUCGCCACGAUUACGAGGUUUCCUGUAUGCAAACCACAUUGAUGUCAUCGAACGAAGUCUGCGAGCGCUCGGCGCCGGAGCGCCGGCACGAGGAGCUGGAAGCGAGGCGGCCACUCGUUUCGGCGAGGCGGCGGACGGAGGACGGUCGCGCCGCCCCCGUUGGCGGACCGGCGCGAGCAAGAGAAAUUGUCUGCGUCCUCGACCUCAACGUGGGCGGAGCUACGCACACUCAGUUAUUAAGAGAGCCGGACCAAUAA